AUGGCAUCCCGGUCCGCGGUAAACACCCGGCACAUCUACAAAGCCCUCACAAGGCCGACAUCCGCGCGGCUCAUCGGCCUUGCCAGAAUCCAAAAUGCAGCCUUGUCGUCCUCUCCGCGGGCCAAAUCGGGCGCGGCCUCAAACCCGGCCAUGGCAUUCCCCUGUCUAGACGCCCUGGAAACCAAGUCUGCCACCUUGCAAGCGAGCCGGUCCUCGUCCGGCCCCGAGCCCAGCUACACGUCUGGACCGACGGAGACGUUCCAUUGCAAAGAUCCGCUGCUCCUCGACUGGGGCGGCAUCCUGCCCGAGUUCACCAUUGCGUACGAGUCGUGGGGCGCCGUCAACGCAGACAAGUCCAACGUCAUCCUGCUUCACACGGGGCUGUCGGCGUCGUCGCACGCCCAUUCCACCGAGGCCAACCCCCAGCCCGGCUGGUGGGAGAAGUUCAUCGGGCCCGGCGCGCCGCUCGACACGAACAAGUACCACGUCAUCUGCACAAACGUCAUCGGCGGGUGCCACGGCUCCACGGGGCCCAGCAGCAUCGACCCGGGCAACGGCGAGCGCUACGCGACGCGGUUCCCGAUCCUGACCAUGCAGGACAUGGUGCGCGCGCAGUUCCGGCUCCUCGACCACCUGGGCGUGGACAGGCUCCACGCGAGCGUGGGCUCGUCCAUGGGCGGCAUGCAGUCGCUCGCGGCGGGCGUGCUGUUCCCCCAGCGCGUCGGCCGCAUCCAUCGCCAUGCGCCACACCCAGCGGCAGGUCCUCAUGAUGGACCCCAACUGGAACCGCGGCUUCUACUACGACGCCGUGCCCCCGCACGCGGGCAUGAAGCUGGCCCGCGAGAGGACCGCCGCCAGGCCCGCCGCGACGGCACCUACGCCGCCGACGACGCCGCGUGCUCGCUGACCCUGCCGCCCCGGCCGUACGAGGAGCAGCCCGCCAGCGAGGUCGACACCUCGGCGCCCCUGGAGCCCGCCUCGUCGAGGCCCCCCGAGGAUCUGGUCCUCGGCCUGGCCGCCCUGAGGGACACGCCGACGCUGGUCCUUGGCGUCGCGAGCGACAUACUGUUUCCGGCGUGGCAGCAGCGCGAGAUUGCGCAGAGCCUGCGCCUAGCUGGGAACAGGGGCGUCACGCACGUCGAGUUGAGUGAGGAGAUGAGUCUCUUUGGACACGAUACCUUCUUGUUGGACCUGGAGCAUGUUGGCGGGAAUGUGAGGAUGUUUUUGAAUUAG